GCUGUCAGACAUGCAUGUUGCUCUAAUGGACCGGUAUGUGACUUAUAACUAUCUUCAGCUGUGGAGGGCUUUGCAUUGUAAUCAAAAAGAUUAAACAGAUAAUGAUUGUGACGGUAAUGAAGCUGUAUCGCGUGACAGCCAUGUGGAAGAGAUGCUGCCUCAUCUUCAUGUUGGAUCUUCUGUAGCACACAAUGACCUGUGUUUUGCUGAUACUCCUGCUGUCAGUUGUUAAAGCCCAGCGUGUCCCAUCAUGUCCUGCUUCCUGCGCGGUUUGCUCUAAAGAUGCAGUUAUCUGUCAAAGACUUGCUAACAUCAUUGAUGCUGCAGAUUCAACCCAGGCUCUGCUGCUAACAGAGGGCUCCAUCUCUGUGGUCCAACCUGCUUCACUGUCAGACCUCAGGAACAUCACAGUUAUAGGUCUAAGUAACAACCAAAUCUCAGAGCUUAGUGAAGAUGUCUUCAGAAACCUCCCUUUCCUCCACACUUUACUGUUGGACCACAAUCUCCUGACCAGCCAGGCUCUCCAGGCUGGAGCUCUGACCAACCUCAGCCAGCUAGAAGUUCUUGCACUGGGCCACAACCAUAUCAACAUGAUACAGGCUGGUUGGUUUACAGGCACAAAGGCUCUGCUCAGCCUGAAGCUGGAGGGAAACCUGCUCACCAGGUUGGAUCCCGGAUCCUUUCCUCUGAACGACUUCAGAAGUCUGGAAACUCUGGAUCUUUCAGAUAAUUUGAUUGAUUUUCUGAACAGAAACAGCUUCCGAGGUCUGGUUAGCUUGAGGAAUCUGGAUCUCUCCAGAAACCGUCUGAGUUCUGUACCUCCUGAGGCUUUCUCCUACCUUGUGUGGCUGUCAAACCUCAACCUGGACCUCAAUUCUUGGAACUGCACAUGUGAGCUGUUAGAGCUGGCCGCCGUCCUGUCAAACUUCAUUCAGGAACCAGACAAGACACUCUACAAUGGCCGUCGGAUGGUGUGUGUGAGUGCAGACAAUCCGGCUGUGACUACGGUGCUGGAGCUGACUGAAGCCAACUGCAUCCCGUCCAAUCAGAACAUCACUGUGCAGCUGGAGGCAAGAGGCAGCGUGACGCCUAAGCGGUACGCCCGGGACCUGGCUAUCACUGCAGUCAUCUGCUUCCUAGGAGGAGUUGCAUUGACCCUGCUUGUAGUUUUGAUCUGCUACCAAGUAUCUAAAAGGAUGAAGAAGAAAGAAAGUCAAAGGCUGAAGGAAGGGGAUGAAGGCAGAAGAGUUGCAAACCACGUUCAUCAACUUGAUGGCAGGGAGCGGAGGAGGGAUUUUUCAUUAGAAGCCAAUAGCAGCCAGCUAUGGAACAAAGAGUCCAUGAUGUUGGAUCACCACAGCGAAGAGUUUAGGUCCAGGGCUGAAGAAAACUUUGGCAGUGUCGGAGGCCAUCGCAACACUAAUGGGAAGAUGCCAAGCCAUAUGAGAAAGGGAGUUUGGGUAAAUGGAGGAAUUGAGACAAAGGAUGAGCAAGAGAGGAGAAAAUCAAGAGUGAUGGUGGAAGAGGAGAGAAAUGGAGGAGGUAUUCAGCAACAACAUCUCAGCUGGGGUCAUUUGCUGACAGAAACCCCAGACAACCUGCAACCCUACAAGGCUGACAGUGACAUGGACAGCUACAGGACUGAUGAAGAUAUACAGACUAUAGGUUACGAGAUUUUACACUGCAGGAACUGCCAUAGGACGUACAGACCACCUGAGCAAAAUACGACUUACAGGAGGGCUCACUCCAACCAUACAGACUCUGUGAGCAGGAGGUUCAGGAGAGAGCUAUCUGAAAAGAUGAAGAACGCGGAGCUAAAACGAAAAACAAGACGUGUAAAGUUUGACCUGAGGAGUCUGAGAACCAAUCAAGGCAAGGAAAGCCUGGAGGAGGAAGUGGCAGCAAAUCCCAGAGACGAUGGAAAAAACAGAGACAGGAGACACAAAGUCCAGUCCAGUCGCUCCAUGAAGGUCAAACUGAACUUAAACCCUCUAAAAAAAAGCAAAGUCCAUCCCAGGAAGAAAAAUGAGCAGAGCCACUCUGAGAACAGAACCUCCAAAAGGAACAAAGAAAGAAGGCAUCAUAGAAAAGAAGAAGAGGAGGAAGGAGAAGAGAAAUCUAGGGAAAAAAGAAGGGGCAGCAGAGAGAGGAGGAGGAAAUCUUCCCAAAAGGCAGAGGGGACAAACGAAGGAGGACACAAAAGCAGUUCAUCAGAAAAGGAUCAACUUUUAGAAGCUGAUCAGGAAAAGGACAGACACCCAGACAGCUCCCAGCCAACUGAUAGCACCACUGUUUCUGCACAGGCACUAAACCUGCAACCUCUCCAGUAUCAGACAGCUGGACUUACUUUGGGUGGUGCUCAGCAUCCCUUCUCCUUCAAUACUGCUGACAGGGACCGUAUUACAGGCCUCUCCUUGCUGGGCUCAGCUGGCUCACUGCUAACCGGCAGCAGCCUUCCUCUUCAAGCAGGGAAGGCUUUACUGAACACUAUGGCCUCGGGAUCCAAUCCACUGCUCCCUGCUGGUCUGACUAAUCCUAUUGCUGCUGGCAUAACAUUCAGUGGGCUCAACAUAGCAUCAAGCAGUGCAACAGAGAGGCUCAAGAACCCUGCAGGAGGGAAUCAUGUUCUUCUAGCUAAAACAACACAGGCCGAUCGUUUGCAUGAGGGUGGAAUUCACCCUGCUCCACCUCUAAACUCAAAAUCUGAAGAUCAAGCUCUGAGUUUAGCAAACCCUGACAAUAAUCCAGCUCCUUUGGAUCAAAGCCAGAUGCAGGUGGACAGUUCUGCACCUGUAGCUGCACUAAAGCUUGAUCUAACACUGGAUCCAGAUAUUCAUUCUGGGAAGGGAAGAUUUCAGUCGACCACUGAAUCAAAAGCUGCGUCCACCAAAGACAGCCUUCCUGAACAGGGACAUGACCAGAUGUCUGGAGAUACCCCUCAGGUUCCUGAACCAGAAACUAGAGUAGAGAGCAUGUCUACGAUUAAUAUGGCGUCUGAGAGAGGGGAGGCUCACACUGAGGGACCUGGAGUUGGAGCGUCAGGGGAAAGUAUAAAGGCAGCAAGAGAGUCUGUGAUGGACAUCUCAGCCUCUAAUCUGACCCAACUAAAUGAAUCCUCCCCAGCUGAUGGAGGAGCUGCUCUCUUGCAGCAGGAGUACCUGUCAGAAGAAGGAGGUUCCUCGCCCAGGAGGAGGCUGAGGCUGGUUCUCCCAGAAAAGACAUCAAACCGACCACCAACAGCACUGGAGAGGAAAAUUCGCUAA